AUGGAUCAACAGCGGUUCUUGCAGCAGCUGCAGAUCAUCCUGGAUCCCUCCCUGGGAAACCUGAAGGAGGCAACCGGAGUUCUGCAGAAGGAAUUUUACAACAAGCCCGAGGCCCUUGUGUUCCUGAUUCAGAUUUGCACUACACACGAUGAACAAAAUCUGCGCCAGCUGGCUUCCGUGGAGUCCCGCUCCCUCGUUUCCAAGCUCUGGCUGAAGGUUCAGGACAACCAGAAGCCCCAGAUCCGCGAGCAGCUGCUUCGUUCCACUAUGGCCGAGAGCUCUUUGCUCGUCCAACACUCCAUUGCUCAGAUCAUCUCCGCUAUUGCCAAGAUUGAUCUGAAGGACGGCGAGUGGGCCGACUUGCCCAACCUUCUGUUGCAGGCUGGCAACAAUGGCAAUGCCGCAGAGCGUGCUGUCGCCCUCUACAUUCUCUUCACCAUCCUGGACACUAUCGGCGAAGGAUUCGAAGAGAAGUUCGGUGAACUUUUCGCUCUCUUCAACAAGACUAUCCAGGAUCCUGAGAGUGCCGAAGUCCGUAUCAACACUCUUAUGUCAUUGGGCAAGCUUGCUGAGCACCUCGACUCCGAGGAGGAUGAGGCUCCCGUCAAGGCUUUCCAGGCACUUGUUCCUGCCGCCGUUGCCAUUCUCAAGGAUUCCAUCGAGCGACAAGAAGAAGGCCAUGUUCUGCAGUGCUUCGAAGUCUUCCAAAACCUGCUUGGCUUUGAUCCCGCUUUGCUUACCGUGCAUCUCAAGGACUUGGUCAUCUUGAUGAACCAGAUCGCUGCCAACACUGAGGUUGAUGAGGAUGUUCGCACCCAGGCCAUCAGCUUCUUGAUGCAGACUGUCCAGUACCGCAAGCUCAAGGUUCAGGGCAUGCGCAUUGGUGAGGAGCUCACCCGCACCGCUCUUCAGAUUGUCACCGAGCUGGGUGAUACCGCUAUUGGUGAUGAUGAUAUCACCCCUGCCCGCUCUGCGCUCGGUCUCCUUGAUAUCCUCUCCCAGAGCCUGCCUCCUAGCCAGGUUGUUGUUCCCCUGCUUCAAGCCCUGGGCCAGUACUUCAACAACUCCAACCCUGACUACCGCCGCGCUGGUAUUAUGGCCCUCGGCAUGUGUGUUGAGGGUGCCCCUGACUUCAUCAGCACUCAAAUGAAGGAGAUUUUCCCCAUGGUUCUCCAGCUCCUCGCUGAUCAGGACCCCAAGGUCCGUCAGGCUUCCUUGCACGCUGUUGCUCGUCUCGCCGAGGACCUCGUUGAGGAUCUCAGCACUGAGCAUGCCCGCCUCAUGCCCCUUCUGUUCCAGAACUUGGCCACUGCCAUGCAGGAGUACAAGGAUGAGGAGGAGGGCCCCGUAGUUGACCUUAUCAAGGCUGGCAUCAGCGCUAUUGACGCCGUCGUUGACGGUCUGGAUGAGAAGGAUGUCGCUCCCUACCAGGCUGAGCUUGUGCCCAUCCUGCACAGCCUCUUCAAGCACCCCGAUUUCAAGAUCAAGGCUCUCGCUGCCGGUGCUCUUGGUUCCCUCGCCUCCUCUGCCGGCGACUCCUUCCUUUCCUUCUUCGACCAGUCCAUGCAUCUCCUUCAGGAGUUCGCCGCUGUCAAGGAUACCGAGGAUGAGCUCGACCUCCGAGCCAGUGUCACCGACUCCAUGGGUGAAAUGGCUGCUGCCGCUGGCCCCGAGCGCUACCAACCUUACGUUGAGCCUCUCAUGCGCGCCACAGAGGAGGCCCUCCACCUGGGUCACUCUCGUCUUAAGGAGAGCACCUACAUUUUCUGGGGUGCCAUGGCCAAGGUCUACGGCGAGCACUUCUCUCCCUUCCUUGACGGUGUCGUGAAGGGUCUGUUCGACUGCAUUGAGCAGGAAGAGGGCGAUCUCGAUCUUGACUUCGGCAGCGCUGCGAAGGAUCUCGUUGGCCAGGAGGUUACCUUUAACGGCCGCAAGGUCAAGGUUGCGAGUGCUGAUGAAGAGGACGACGGAGAGAUCGAGGAUGUUGACCUCGAGGAUGAGGAUGACUGGGAUGACCUCACUGCCACAACCCCUCUGUCUCUUGAGAAGGAGAUCGCCGUUGAGGUCAUCGGUGACCUCGUCACCCACACUCGUAGCUCUUUCCUGCCAUACUUCGAGCAGACCAUUGAGCACGUGAUGCCACUGUGUGAGCACCCCUACGAGGGUGUCCGCAAGAGCACCAUCAGCACCCUGCACCGCUCUUACGCCAUGCUCUUCACCAUCGCUGAGGAGACCGGCCAGAUGGCCAAGUGGCAGCCUGGCCUUCCCCUUCAGGUCCAACCUGCCAAGGAGGUCCAGAAGUUCGGUGAAAUUCUCAUGACGGCCACUGUGAAGAUGUGGACCGAGGAGGACGAUCGUUCUACCGUCGCGGAUAUCAACCGCAACAUGGCUGAGAACCUUCGCUUCUGCGGUCCCGCUCUCAUUGCCAACGAGACUAUGCUUCACAAUGUGAUCCAGAUGGUUACCGAUAUCAUCACCAAGGAGCACAUCUGCCAGGUUGAGUUCGGCCCUGAGGACGAGGCUCUUGAGGCUGGUGACGAGUCUUCGGAGUUCGACUGGGUUGUCGUUGACACCGCCCUGGAUGUCGUCUCCGGCAUGGCUGCUGCCUUGGGUCAGAGCUUCGCUGAGCUCUGGAAGGUUUUCGAGAAGACUAUCCUCCGCUACGCUGGUAGCACCGAGUCUCUCGAGCGCGCCACUGCUGUCGGUGUUCUCGCUGAGUGCAUCAACGGUAUGGGUGCCUCCGUGACCCCCUUCACUGGAGUCUUCCUGAAGCUGCUCCUACACCGUCUUGCCGAUGAGGACCCGCAGACCAAGUCCAACGCUGCUUACGCUGUUGGUCGCCUGAUCCAGCACUCCAACGCCGAGGCCGAGAUCUCCAAGGAGAUCCCUACCAUCCUCAGCCGCCUCGAGUCUUGCCUCCAGAUGGACGUCUCGCGCCUUCAGGACAACGCUACCGGCUGUGUCAGCCGUAUGAUCCUGCGUUACCGCGAAAGUGUCCCCACUAAGGACGUUCUCCCCGCUCUUGUCAAGAUUCUUCCUCUGAAGAACGACUUCGAGGAGAACGAGCCCCUGUACCGCAUGAUCUGCCAGAUGUACAAGUGGGAGGAUGCCACCAUCCUCGAGCUCACCCCCAGCCUUCUUCCUGUCUUCCAGGCCGUUCUUACCGGCGACGAGGACCAGUUGGAGGAUGAGCGUCGUGUCGAGCUCAUUGAGCUCGUCAAGUGGCUAAACCAGAUGCAGUCCGGUGCCGCUCCCUGGGUGGAGCAGCUGUAA